CUCCCUUACUCCUUCACACAUUCCUCUCUCCCCCACCAAAAGUCAUCAUCAUGAGGACCACUACCUUCUUCGCCUUCUUCAUGGCCAUGUCCGUCAUGUUCUGCAGCGCCUUCGCCUCGGCCGAGAACACUCUUUGGAGGCGUCCCCCUCCGACCUGUGACGCCUAUGAAGCCACCCUCGACCUCUUGGUAAAGGAUUGCGAGGCCAUUGUUGUCAAGGCCUUUGCUGGUGUCUACGCCGAAGCCUAUAUUGCCGCUGUUGUCGAAGCCAAGCUCGAAGUUGAUGUCAAAGUCCUUUUCGGCCUUGUUGAUGUCGAUGUCAAGGCCAAGCUGUUUGCUGCUAUCGUGGCCUCGGUCAAGGCUGCUGUCGAGGCUGAGGUUGAGCUUGCAAUCCAGCUCAAAUUCACCGCCGAAUUGAGGGCCAAGCUUGCUGCCAUCAUCAUUAAGCAAUGCCCCACCAAGGAUGCCGCCUGCAUUAAGCGCAAUGCCAGGGAGAUCGUCUCUGAGGUUUCCAAGUUGACCAUCGAUGCCGCGGCUGCGAUCGUUCUCGAGAUCAAGGCCGAGCUCGCUGCUAAGAUCAAGGCUGCCAUCGAUCUCCAAGUUAAGGCGUCGAUCAACUUGCUCCUCGCCACGAUCACGGUCACCGGUGAGGUCGAUGUCUUUGCUGAGAUCUUCGUCAAGAUCGAGGCUGCUGUUGGCUUGUGCGUCAAGGCCUUCGCCGCUAUCCUGGUUCAGGAGGAGCUCAAGAUCAAGGAGAUCUGCCCCGCUAAUUCGUUGUAAUAGAAUCUUGACACUCUGUCAUUCUUGACUAACCUCCUCUCCCCUCCCCCAUUUUUCUCCUUUCGACUAAACCGCUUCAAGUUGUCCUAUUUUUCGAAAUAAACAUCAAUGUUUAAAGGUGUCAUGGUG